ACUACCCAAAAGCUAAAAUUAGAAAAUCCAAAAUAUAAUUCAGAAGUCAGAUCCAAAAAGCCCCUCCCAGAUAGAUGUCUUCCCAAUGGAGAUACCUCUUCUUCUUUUUCCUAGAAUUCCUCAAAUUCUCCACCUCCAUCUCCAAACCAAUUACUCUGACGACACCAAAUCCACACCUCCGGUUCCCAUGCAAGCCACCCCACCACAAUUCCUAUCCCUUCUGCGAUGUCUCCCUCCCCAUCACUGCCAGAGCUCAGUCCCUCAUCUCCCUCCUCACCCUCCCGGAAAAGAUCCAGCAGCUCACGAACAACGCCUCCGGCAUCCCAAGGCUUGGCAUACCCGCCUAUGAAUGGUGGUCGGAGUCCCUCCACGGUGUCGCCACCAAUGGCCCGGGAGUCUCAUUCGAUGGGAAGAUUGCUUCAGCCACCAGCUUCCCUCAAGUCCUUGUCACGGCCGCUACUUUCAAUAGAAGCCUCUGGUUCUUGAUCGGAUCCGCCAUUGCCGUUGAGGCCAGAGCAAUGUACAACGUUGGACAAGCUGGGUUGACGUUCUGGGCACCCAAUAUCAAUAUUUUCAGGGACCCCAGAUGGGGGAGAGGCCAAGAAACGCCGGGGGAAGACCCUAUGGUCGCUUCAGCUUAUGCUGUGGAGUUCGUGAGGGGCUUUCAGGGCGGGAAUCGGAAAGCUAGAGGUGAAAUUAGGGAUGGGUUUGUGGGUAAAAGAGUAUUGAAAGCAAUGAAAGGUUAUGAUGGGAGUGGAGGGCUAAUGGUCUCUGCUUGUUGCAAGCAUUUCACUGCUUAUGACUUGGACAAGUGGCACAAUUUUAGUAGAUAUAGCUUCAACGCUGUGGUUUCUGAGCAAGAUUUGGAGGACACUUAUCAGCCGCCAUUUCGUAGUUGCAUUCAAAAAGGCAAAGCAAGCUGCUUAAUGUGUUCUUACAAUGCAAUUAAUGGAGUUCCUGCUUGCGCGCGAGGGGAUCUUUUACAAAAAGCUCGAACUGAAUGGGGCUUCAACGGGUAUAUCACCUCAGACUGUGAUGCUGUGGCCACGGUUUAUGAAUAUCAGAAUUACACAAAAACCCCUGAGGAUGGCGUUGCUCUUGUCCUAAAAGCAGGAAUGGAUAUUAAUUGCGGAACAUAUUUGCUUCGAAAAACACAAUCUGCGAUUGAAAUGGGGAAGGUGCAAGAAGAAGACAUAGACAGAGCCCUUCUCAAUCUUUUCUUGGUUCAACUCCGUCUCGGGCUGUUUGAUGGAGAUCCCAGGAAAGGGAAAUUCGGAAAGUUGGGACCUGAUGAUGUCUGUACGUCGGAGCACAAGACACUGGCACUUGAAGCAGCAAGGCAGGGAAUUGUUCUUCUGAAAAAUGAUAAAAAGUUCUUGCCUUUGGAUAAAAAUGUUGUGACUUCGCUGGCUGUUAUAGGUCCAAUGGCAAACAAUGCAAGCCUACUAAGUGGUGGCUACACAGGAGUUCCUUGCUACCCAAAGAGUAUUUAUGAGAGAUUUCAAGUACACAUAAAGAAGACGUCAUUUGUGGAUGGUUGCUUUAAUGUAUCUUGUGAUUCUGAUGAUGGAUUUGAUGAAGCCGUGGCUACUGCCAAAGAAGCUGAUUUUGUUAUCAUAGUUGCUGGGCUGGAUUUGUCCCAAGAAACAGAAGAUCAAGACCGAGUUAGUCUUCUCUUGCCUGGUAAACAGAUGGCCCUUGUGUCCUCCGUAGCCGCUGCAAGUAAAAAACCAGUGAUUCUAGUUCUUACUGGAGGUGGACCCCUUGAUGUAUCAUUUGCCGAGGAAGAUCCACGAGUUGCGAGCAUUCUCUGGACUGGUUACCCCAGUGAAGCCGGAGGAAAAGCACUUGCAGAAGUCGUCUUUGGAGAUUAUAAUCCUGGUGGAAGGCUGCCCAUGACUUGGUAUCCUGAGGCAUUCACCAGCGUACCCAUGAAUGAUAUGAACAUGCGGGCUGAUCCUUCUCGUGGUUAUCCUGGAAGAACCUACAGAUUUUACACUGGUAGUAGACUCUAUGGAUUUGGACAUGGCUUAAGCUACACCAAUUUCACUUGCAAGUUCUUAUCAGUGCCAAACAAAAUUAGUUUAUUGGGAUCUCUCAAGGCUGGUUCAAGGAAGAACAUUCUGCACCAGGCAGGGCAUGGACCUGAUCUUAUUCACAUUGACGAGGUUGAAUCUUGCAAUUCGCUGAGAUUCCAUGUGCAGAUCUCUGUUAUGAACCUGGGUGAUAUGGACGGAAGCCAUGUUGUGAUGUUGUUCUCUAGAGUGGCAAAAGUUUUUAGAGGCACUCCAGAAAAACAGCUAAUUGGAUUUGAUCGUGUGCAUUCCAUAUCAUAUGGGUCUACUCAAACAAGCAUCUUAGUAGAUCCUUGUCAACAUCUUAGCUUUGCCAAUGAGGAUGGAAAAAUGAUAAUUCCCUUGGGUGACCAUGUACUAAUGCUGGGAGAUAAUUUGGAGCAUGUUAUCUCAAUUCAAACUGAUUAAGGCCAUUUAUGAUUCACAAUGGGAGCUGUCUUUGUAUAUAAGCAGAAUAUUCUCUUCUUUUUUUUUUUUUUUUUUUUUCAAGCAACAUAUUCUAUUUAUUGAAGCGCCUGCAUUGCUUGAAAAAAGGUAUAAUGUUGAAAAAGUUGGAACAUGGUUUUU